AUGUCACUAUCGAGCAGUCCAGAUGCAGUACCUGGCGAGGAAUUCGACUACGAAGCUCUGCCUCCGAAUUAUGGGCUGGGGCACAACAUGAUGGCCGGCGCAUUCGCCGGUAUCGCAGAACAUACCGUGAUGUAUCCUGUGGACUUGAUGAAGACACGGAUGCAAAUCAUAAAUCCUUCCGCUGGCGGCCUCUACACCGGACUCUCACACGCAGUAUCUACAAUAUACCGAAUAGAAGGAUUACGGACAUUAUGGAGAGGUGUGACGAGCGUGAUAGUCGGAGCAGGUCCUGCUCACGCUGUCUAUUUUGGCACAUAUGAGAUUGUCAAAGAGAAAGCAGGCGGAAACAGGGCAGACGGGAAGCAUCACCCUUUUGCGGCUGCUGCCAGCGGAGCCUGCGCAACGAUUACGAGUGAUGCCUUAAUGAAUCCCUUUGAUGUUAUCAAGCAGCGAAUGCAAGUCCACGGCUCGACAUAUCGAUCAAUCACAGAGUGUGCCCGUUCAAUAUUUCGAAACGAAGGUAUUUCGGCAUUCUACUUAUCCUACCCGACCACGUUGUGCAUGACGGUACCGUUCACGGCGACCCAAUUCAUGGCCUACGAGUCAUUGUCCAAGGUCAUGAAUCCGCGGAAAGAAUAUGAUCCCAUCACCCAUUGCGUGGCGGGUGGCUUGGCCGGAGCAUUUGCUGCGGGAAUCACCACACCACUCGAUGUUAUCAAAACUUUGCUACAGACACGAGGAGUCAGCCAGCAGGAUGAGAUUCGGAAUGUCCGAGGACUGGCGCAUGCUGCUUCCAUCAUCAAGAAGCAGUUUGGUUGGCGAGGCUUCAUGAGGGGCUGGCGACCCCGAAUCAUCAGCACCAUGCCAAGCACCGCCAUUUGCUGGUAA